AUGAAAGUUUACUAUUUAUUAGUAUUUGUCGCCAUAUUGGGUCCUCCGAUAACUAAUGGUCAUAACUACCGUUAUGGUCUCAAUUAUCCUGUGGAACGUUUACCAGUUGAUUGUUCUACAUGUUCGGAUGGCGAACUAAUAGCCGAUCGAACUAGUUGCUCACGCUACUAUCUGUGCAUUGGUGGUCAGGCCUUGCGAAAAACUUGUGCCCCCGGUUUAUUGUUUGAUGCACGAACUCGUUCGUGUAAUUUGGACUAUUUGGUCGAUUGUCAAGUGGGUCGUUACAAUUACAAUGAAAAUAGAGAAAACUACUAUAAACCAAAUGUUAUUGAUAUCUUGAGUCUUUUUGGCUGGCCUUUUGGGCAUAAAAAUCCCAGUAAUAUGCCUUCAACUCAUGAUUCUUCGGGCAAUAAUGUCGAUGUUCAGCCGUCAACAACUUCGACACCUCUACCAAAUAGAGUGAAUCCACCUACAACUACUACAUGUGAACCUACGACUACCACUACAACAUGUGAACCUACGACUACUACUACAACAUGUGAACCUACGACUACCACUACAACAUGUGAACCUACGACUACUACUACAACAUGUGAACCUACGACUACUACAACAUGUAAGCCUACUACUACCACACCAGGAUCUCCACCUGGUUGCAAUGAUAAUAAACCACCAUGUUCCGGUUGUGGUGGAUGGGAUCAUAAUCAUGGUUCUGAUUGCAAUGGAAACCAUAGACCUAAACCACCAUGUUCAGGGGAUAAUGGAGCUGACAAUGACAACGAUUCCGAUUGCAAUGGAAAUCAUAGACCUAAACCGCCAUGUUCCGGUUGUGGUGGAUGGGAUCAUAAUCAUGGUUCUGAUUGCAAUGGAAACCAUAGACCUAAACCACCAUGUUCAGGUGAUAAUGGAGAUGAUAAUGACAACGGCUCCGAUUGUAAUGGAAACCAUAGACCUAAACCACCAUGUUCCGGAUGUGGUGGAUGGGAUCACAAUCAUGGUUCUGAUUGCAAUGGAAAUAAUAGACCUCAACCACCAUGUUCAGGGGAUAAUGGAUCUGAUAAUGAUAAUGGUUGCGAUAAUGACGAUGGAUCUGAUAAUGACAACGGUUCCGAUUGCAAUGGAAAUCAUAGACCUAAACCACCGUGUUCCGGAUGUGGUGGAUGGGAUCACAAUCAUGGUUCUGAUUGCAAUGGAAAUAAUAGACCAGAACCACCAUGUUCAGGUUAUAAUGGAUCUGAUGAUGAGAAUGCUUCAGAUUGCAAUGGAAAUAAUAGACCAAAACCACCAUGUUCAGGAGACAAUGAAAAUGUAUCUAAUUGUAAUGGUAAUCAUAGACCCUGCUAUGAUCGACCAGAAUGGCCCUGUUCUGAUGAACCAGACUGCGACCAUGAAUCUGACGUUUCUACAACAUGCACCACAACAACUCCCUGUCCGCCAUCAUCACACAAUUCCACAAAUUCGGGAACUGGCGACAAUACUGGCUCGAACAACAGAACCAUCAAUCUCAGUUAUUUGAUGGCACCCAACGAUUGUGCCUCUUUACCCGAUAAUACCAUACUCUUGGAUUUGAGACAUUGCAGGAGGUUUUAUGUUUGCACCAACAGACGUGUAAAACGUAAUCGCUGUCCCAUUGGUGAGUGGUAUGACAAGGAUAUUCGAAGCUGUCGUCCACGUUCUGAGGUGACCAAUUGUGUGGCAAAUAAGAAUUAG